AUGUUCGCCAAACUGUCCAUCGUUGCAGUCUGCAGCUUGCUCGCUGUAGCAUUCGCCGAACCGCACGUGCUUGCUCCCGUUGGACCUGCCGUAGUGACAGCCCAAAGUUCACAGGUGUUCGCCAGAACGUACAAUGGAUUUGUCCCGUUCGCCGUUCCAGCUCCCGUUCCUGCUCCAAUUCCCGCUCCUGCCUACCACUUCCAUACGCCCGCCUUAGUCCUGUCUGCUCCCGUCCCGUCGCCCGUCUUCUACCCACAGCCCGUCGUCUACAACCCACCGACGGCCGUCCCAGUUCCGGUCCCGGUUCCUGCUGCUCCGGCUGCCGUAGUACCGACGGUGGUUGCUGCUGCACCGGCUGCGAAGCUGGUGGCCGCUGCUCCGGUGGCAAAGGUUGCAAAGCUCGUACGACCGUUCCAUGCCACGUUUCGCUAUCGAUCGGUCGUUGCCUAA